UGCGUUUUGGGGGAGAUGUCCCGGUGCACGUGGGGAUCCGGUUGCACGGGGGUCCCGGUCUAUACGGGGGGGAUCCUGGUGCACACGGGGGGGUCCUGGUGCAUAUUGGGGGGGUUCCGGUGCCCUCGGGGGGGUCUCGGUUCUCUCGGAGGUGUCCCGGUGCAUUUGGGGGGGUCCCGGUCCCCCGGUACCAGUUGCACACGGGGGGAUCCCGGUUCAGUCGAGGGGGUCCCAGCUCCCCUCGGGGGGGUCCCCCCGCAUUUCCCCCCGCCAGGGGGCGCCCCCCGCCCGUUCCCGGUGUCCCGGAGCCCCGCGGGGGGGGGGGGGGGGGACACGGAGGCGGCUCCUGGGAGAAGGAGGGGGGGGCACGGGGAGGGGGGACACGGGGCGGGCCGUGGGGCGGGGGCGGCCGCCGCUUCCUGUGCGCGAUCGCGGCGGAGCGGGAGCGGCCGGAGCCACCUUUUAUUUUUUGGGGCGGGGGGUGUUUUUCCCCCCUCUACGCCCCCCCCCUUCAGCGCUGGAUGCGGCGGGACCCCCUUGGGGGGCUUUGGGGGGACCCCCCGGAAUAGCCGGGGGGGUCCCGGGGGUCCCGAUGGAGGUGGGGGGGGGGCCGCCGGCUGCGGAUCCUGGAGGAUCUCAACAUGCUCUACAUCCGCCAGAUCGCCGCCAGCAUCCAGGAGCCGGAGCUGCAGCGGGCUCUGGAGCCCCCCCAAUCCCCCUGACCCCCCCAAUCCCCCAUUCCCCCGUUCCUAUUCCAGGAGCCGGAGCUGCAGCGGGCCCUGGAGCCCCCCUGAGCCCCCUGACCCCCCAUUCCCCCGUUCCUAUUGCAGGAGCCGGAGCUGCAGCGGGCCCUGGAGCCCCCCCAAUCCCCCUGAGCCCCCCCUGACCCCCCAUUCCCCCGUUCCCCUUGCAGGAGCCGGAGCUGCAGCGGGCCCUGGAGCGGGCCCUGCGGGUGUGGGAGGGGGCCCUGAGCCCCCCUGACCCCCCAUUCCCCCGUUCCUAUUCCAGGAGCCGGAGCUGCAGCGGGCCCUGGAGCCCCCCCAAUCCCCCUGAGCCCCCCCUGACCCCCUGUUCCUAUUGCAGGAGCCGGAGCUGCAGCGGGCCCUGGAGCCCCCCCGAUCCCCCUGACCCCCCCAAUCCCCCUGACCCCCCGUUCCCA